GGGAGUGUCCACCAAGUGGGAGACCUGCAUAAAUAUGGGCAGGUAGCCCACAGUAAAGCCAGAUCCUGUUUGGCCCUCAAUGCGGAGCUUCUGUCUCGUUAUUGGGGGGAUUUAUUAUUUGCGCUUAGAGACUGCUGGAUGGAACCGAAAGCCGAUUGGUGGAUAUUAUUGUUCGGCGGCUAGCAGCUGUUCGUGGAGUUCCGUUCGGGAGGUUGGAGCCUUUCACUGAUCCCGGUCGGGAGAUUGCCGCUUCCCCUGAGUUUGGUUCGAGCACUACGGUUAUGCGAACGAAGAUUAUUGGUACUGCAGCAGGGGAAGGUCGACUAAACGGCGGCUUUAUUUAAAGACACAAGGGGUGUCUUAACAAUUGGUGGCGAGCGACGGGAUGAAUCCCACAGCACUGGAGGUCAGCUACAAGACAUGCAGUACGAGGAAUUAAGGCGGGCUACCCUUAAGGAUAUAUUGGAACACCGAGGAAGGUCAGCAAGCAAUUUAAAAAAGAGAGAAAUUAUUGCUUUACUACUGGAGAUGGAUGCAGCACCGGGAAUGGAGAGAGCUAAUGUGCCCAGUAUUUUGGAGUUAACACCCGAGGAAAUACAAUUUAACCGGGCAGUGCAAAUAAGGCUGGCACAUUUUGCCCCCAACCCCUCAGCUGACAUCUUGGAGCGUGUGCAGGCAGCAGUAAUAGCACACCUGGCGCUCCGGGAAAGAGGAGCUGCAGCAGCAGAGGUACCCAAUAACAAUUUUGCUAGAAAAAAGGUACCCUUUGCUGCAUUUAAAAAUUUUGUUGAAACAGAGGGAGAGAUUGAUGGGUUCCUGGCAGACUUCAAGAGGCAGUGUGCCCUACACCAGGUACCCGCAGAUGAAUGGGUCACCAUCCUCCCUGGGAAAUUAUCCGGCCGGGCUAGUGAAGCGUUUCGGGCCAUCCCAGAGGAGGAGAUCACCAGCUACUGGGCUGUGAAUGAUGCACUCCUAGCCAGGUAUGCGGUGACCCCAGAAGCUUACAGACGGCGAUUUAGAGAAACCAACAAGCAGGUUGGUGACUCUUAUGUGGAGUGGACCUGCAGAGUUCAUCAUACCGCAGCCCACUGGAUGGCAGGAUGCCAAGCGGUAACUGGGGAGGAGAUGCUACAAGUGUUCUUGCUGGAGCACUGCUUUGAUAGACUACCUGCUGGGGUCCGGGAGUGGGUCAGAGAUAGAAAACCCUCUACCCUACCCGAGGCUGCUCAUCUGGCAGACGAAUACACGGACGCCCGCAAGUUGCAUAGUACAGCUGCCAAAGUCCCUGCCAGACUGGAGUAUCGGCCAGCAGUAACACCAGCUCCUUCAGCCUACCAACCCCCAGUACACCGCACCCCAGCCGUACCGCCAGCUAAUAACUAUGUACAACCCUCUCGGUUCAAUGCCAGGGACUAUUCGCAACCAAUCCGGUUCUUUGGGUGCAAACAGUUGGGGCACAAGCGACCGGAAUGUCCUCUGAACAGCGCCAAUCAGGCCCAGUCGUGGAGGAGACCAGCCAGCGGGAACCAGCGGCCACCUCAACCUGCAGCUCACUGUAUUGAGCAGGAGGAGUUCUGGGGCAUUCUACACGAGGCCGACCCAGUGCAAGCAGCUCAUCAGGAUAAUCGCCAGCAACAUCGGCAAACUGUGAAGCUGAAUGGCAGAGUGGUAAAUGGGCUAAGAGACACAGGAGCCACUAUGACACUGCUCCAAAAGAACUUGGUCUCGAAGCACCAGCACACUAGGGACACUGUGGCGGUGAGGGUAGCAGGGGGUGCGGUGUUUCGUUUACCUGUUGCCCGGGUACAUUUGGAUUGGGGAGUGGGCAUUAGACACAUGGAUGUGGGGGUUAUUAAAGACCUGCCCGCUGAUGUCCUCCUUGGGAAUGAUUUGGCCCCGUUGGUUUCAGCCUAUGCCCCGAUGGGCCCUGCGGACGUUAACCCAGUGACUACUCGUGCCCAGACCCGUGCUGCUGGAACCGGCCCACCUGCUGAUGAGACCCAUGGGUAAGAAAGCGGGGGGACCACCCUAAGGCUAGGCUAUUAUCGAUGCCUAUUAUAGGGGAGCCCUUUGCCCGCAUAGCUGUUGACACUGUGGGUCCACUGGCCAGGGCUAGUCCAUCAGGUAAGAAAUACGUUCUUACCGUGGUGGACUAUGCCACACGCUUUCCAGAGGCAGUAGCGCUGUCUAAUAUAGAGGCAGAGACGGUUGCUGAUGCCCUGGUUAGAAUUUUUACUAGGGUCGGGUUCCCUAAGGAGAUCCUCUCCGACCAGGGAACCCAAUUCACCUAGCAGCUGUGGAGGGUGUGUGGCAUUAAGCCAUUACUUAGCUCACCCUACCACUCACAGACUAACGGUCUCUGCGAGCGCUUUAACGGCACCCUCAAACAGAUGCUGAGGACCUUUACAGAUACUUGCAGAGACUGGGAGAGGUUCCUGCCUCAUCUGUUAUUUUCUUACAGAGAGGUGCCCCAGGAAUCCACUGGGUUCUCCCCCUUUGAGCUGCUGUAUGGGAGAAGGGUCCGCGGACCCCUAGAUCUCAUUCGAGGCCACUGGGAGGGGGAGACGGAGCAGGAGAACAUAGUGCCAUAUGUUCUGGAACUCCAGGACCGCAUGGAGAAACUGUCCCUGAUGGUAAGGGAGAAUCUCCAGACGGCCCAGGGGAGACAGAAGAUAUGGUACGAUCAGGGUGCCCAACAGCGGGUCUUCCAGGUUGGGCAAAAGGUAUUGGUGCUCAAACCCGUGAAGGCCAACAAGAUGCAAUCAUCUUGGCAGUGCCCGUACAAGGUAGUGGCGCAGAUCUGUGAUACUACUUACUUGAUAGCUAGCUGUGCAGAUGAGAGGGUCCAGCGAUCCUUCCAUGUAAACAUGCUGAAAGAGUACCAGGAAAGACCUGAGAACAUUGCAGCGGUAUGUGCCCCAGCUGCAGAUGAUUCUGAGAAUCUACCCCUUCCAGAUUUAUUAGAAAGGGAUUCCCAGACUGACCUUACUACCCUUGUACAGCUAGGGGACAGGUUGAACCCAACAGAAAGGGUACAGGCGCAGCAGUUGUUGUGGGAGAAGCAGUCGACGUUCUCCCAUGAACCAGGUUAUACCACCCUAGCUGUACAUAAGGUAGAGACCCCGGGACAGACCACCUUACGACAGCCCCCCUAUCGUAUCCCUGAAGCAGUCCGUGAAGGAAUGCGGAAGGAGAUACAGGAGAUGACCCAGCUUGGGGUCAUCGAGUACUCCGACAGCCCUUGGGCUUCGCCUGUAGUCCUGGUGCCCAAGAAAGAUGGGACCACCCGGUUCUGUGUGGACUACAGGCGGCUCAACGAGCGGACCACCACUGACGCCUACCCAAUGCCCAGGGUAGACGAAUUACUGGAUCGUAUUGCCAGGGGGCGCUAUCUGACCACCAUAGACCUGUGUAAGGGCUACUGGCAGAUCCCCCUGGCCGAGGAUGCUAUCCCCAAGUCAGGAUUUGUCACCCUAUUUGGCCUGUACCAAUUCAAGGUCAUGCCUUUUGGGAUGAAAAAUGCACCGGCUACCUUCCAACAGAUGGUGGAUAGACUCCUGGAUGGCUUCCAAGAAUUUGCCUGUGCAUACUUGGACGACAUUGCGAUUUACAGUGGGUGCUGGGAGGAACACCUGGUACAUGUAGGGGUAGUGCUGGAUAAAAUUCGGGCCGCUGGCCUGACAUUGAAGCCAGAGAAGUGCCAUCUAGGUAUGGCUGAAGUACAGUACCUGGGUCACAGAGUGGGGUGUGGGAGCCAGAGACCAGAGCCAGCCAAGGUAGAGGCGGUGGUUAACUGGCCCACACCUACCACUAAGACCCAGGUAUUGGCCUUUUUGGGGACGGCAGGGUACUACAGACAUUUUGUCCCUGACUACAGCACUAUUGCUAAGCCCCUGACAGACCUGACUAAGAAGAACUUGCCUAAGCAGGUCCUGUGGUCUCCGGCUUGUGAAGCUGCGUUCCAGGCACUAAAACACGCUCUUGUGAAUGCCCCUGUCUUGGCUUCCCCAGUCCCUAACAAACGCUUUCUCGUCCACACAGAUGCUUCCAUGUAUGGACUGGGGGCUGUGCUGAGCCAAGUCGGGGAAGAUGGAGGAGAGCACCCUGUCGCAUAUUUCAGCAGAAAGUUGUUACCCAGAGAAGUGAGUUAUGCGGCAGUGGAGAAGGAGUGCUUGGCCUUGGUCUGGGCAUUGAAAAAGUUAAGUCCCUAUUUGUAUGGGCAAGAGUUUUCCCUGGUGACGGAUCAUAACCCACUCAUUUGGCUUAACCGGGUCUCAGGAGACAAUGGGAGACUACUAAGAAGAAGCUUGGCAUUGCAGCCCUACAAUUUUACCAUCAGCUACAGACCCGGUAAGCUGAACGGGAAUGCAGAUGGGUUAUCCAGACAAACUGACAUCUCCACCACCUCCUAGUCCGGUCAUCCCCAAGUUGACCCGCCACAGGGUCAAGCCAGGUCUGCCGGAGUGUCCCACAAGGAGGGAGCCGUGUGACAGAACCAUCUGCCUGUCUAUUGUGGUGGAUUUGUCUAUUUCUGCCCCCUUUUGUGUAAAUGGCUGUUUCUAUAGCCCAGCCAUACGAAUGACUGUUUUUUCCCGAACAAACCUACCGAACGGACGGCCACCCUAGAGAGAAGUGUGCUGCUGGUUAACCUAUUGAUCCCAAUUAGAACGUUGUGGUUAACCGCAGACACUUCUCAAUUAAACGAAUUCAGGGUGGUCGUCGUUCGUAUGUCGACCACAAGGCAGCAGCUAUUUUAAACCACGCGAAAGCCCAGCAGUGUUUGGCUCUAUUUCUAUGGAACUAAAAACGGACACUUUUUCUGCCAAACACCGCUGAAACAACGGAACGCCUGGCUGCCUCCACGAAAGCACACGAAUACCGGCCGUUCGGGAGGUUUGAAGCAUACGAAAGGACUUAACCCAGAUAGCCUUCCCAUGGAGUCAUUCGUAUACCGAAGGACUGUAAGAACUUUGACUCCAUGGCGAUUGAACUAUGUGUGUGGGAUCUGAGCGCUAUUCGCUAAUAAUAUGCACUCAGAUCCAGGCUAUCUGGGGAUAUGUGAUACGAAUGGGAAAUGUUCGGUUAUUUUAAAGUUAUGUAUUUUUAUGUCUUUUAUGAUUUUAUAUUUAAAAUGGCGACUGGCUUUGUCCUGGAGAUAAUUGAGUUACUUGGUAAUUAUCUCCAGGGCAGAGGGGAGGGAAUCAUAGUGCAUUGUGGGUAAAAACUGUGUCUGUAUGUCUGGAAUGUCCCCAUAUCUGUCUGUCAUUUAAGUCUCCCAUUUGGUCCCCUAGGGGUGUGUCCACCAAGUGGGAGACCUGCAUAAAUACGGGCAGGUAGCCCACAGUAAAGCCAGAUCCAGUUUGACCCUCAAUGUGGAGCUUCUGUCUCGUUAUUGGGGGGAUUUAUUAUUUGCGCUUAGAGACUGCUGGAUGGAACCGAAAGCCGAUUGGUGGAUAUUAUUGUUCGGCGGCUAGCAGCUGUUCGUGGAGUUCCAUUCGGGAGGUUGGAGCCUUUCACUGAUCCCGGUCGGGAAAUUGCCGCUUCCCCUGAGUUUGGUUCGUGCUCUACGGUUAUGCGAACUGAGAUUAUUGGUACUGCAGCAGGGGAAGGUCGACUAAACGGCGGCUUUAUUUAAGGGGUGUCUUAACAGAAGUAUAGUCCUCUGACUCUUUCUGGAUAAGGAACUUCUUCUAUUACUCCCAUUUGAAGAAGCUUGGAGAUGUUUCUUGACAUGGCUUGUCCUUUUCUUCCUAUUUGAACCAAAGGCAUUUGAAAACAUUGAUCUUUGGGAAGGUCUUGAAUUCUAUUGAUUUCCUAUACCUUUCUGACUGGGCCAUCGCAGCUUUUAGAAGUAUUGCAGGUUCCCCUUUCUCUAUUGGUUUUGGUAUUGGAGGAAGAUGACUGAAAUGUUCUCCAGGAUGAAUUUCUAGAGUAUUCUUUCCUAGGACGGUAGGAUCUGUUUUCUCGAAAGAUUCGGUCUCUAAACUUCUUGUCUUUCCAAGAUGAUGAGUAAGAUGAUAUUUUACCUUGAAGAAGGAACACUUUUUUGCUGUCAGCUGCCUUUUGAAUAGCUCCAACAGCUCAAUCCCCAUGCAAGGGACACGCCCACAGGGACCUUGUGGGGAACUGAUUUCCAACUUCACAGACCAAUAGCAAUAGGGUUACAACGCACAACACUCCCACACACAGCACACAAUCCCUCCCCUCUGCCUGGGUGAUAAAUCAGAUACUAUAUUAACCCAAUUAUCUCCUGGCAGAUAAAACACACAUUUCUAGAAAGUCCCAAAAGUACCCAAAACACAUAAUAUCCCCACAAAUACAUCCACUGAGAGCCCUGAUCUGGGUGACCAAUAUAUCCAAAAAUCACUCAGAUCAGUUCAAGGGUUCAGGAAUUGUAUGGAAGUCACAUAUUUGACCAACUGCAGGCAUGGUCCCAUGCCCAAAACAGUUCCAGAGAAUAAAGGCUUGCGGCUGGUCUAGUUCG